GAUCAGUAAAAUUUCAGGUCUCUGCUCUAUGUUCUGUAAAUGGGGAACUGCGUCUCUGUCUCGAUAUCACCUGAUCAAUCAGUGAAAAAGGUAUGUAAAUGGCUAGACGUCAAGGUAGGUUAUGUUCAAAACCUUGAGAAGAAUCUAUCGGCUCUAGAGACAACCAUGGAAGAUCUCAAGGCUAAGCGUGAUGAUUUAUCAAGAAGGGCAACAAGAGAGGAGGAUAGAGGUUUACAAAGGCUUUCUGAAUUCCAGGUAUGGCUUACUAGAGUUGAGACUUAUGAAAAUGAAGUCAACAAUCUUCUUAGUGCUAGAAAUGGUCAACUGCAAAGGCUUUGUCUUCUUGGUUUUUGCUCUAAGAGUUUAAUACUGAGUUAUCGUUAUGGGAAAAGUGUUUCCAUGACGUUAAGGGAGGUUGAGAAACUGAAAAGUAGAGUUUUCGAAGUGAUAGUUGAGCAAGCUCACACAUGUGAGGUGGAGGAAAGACAACUUCAGUCAAUAAUUGUUGGUCAGAAAGAAAAGUUGGAAAACGCAUGGAAUCAUCUCAUGGAAGAUAGAGUUGGUAUUAUGGGUUUGUAUGGUAUGGGCGGAGUAGGAAAAACAACGCUUCUCACACAACUCAAUAAUAAGUUUGGUGACAUGAGGUGUGGAUUUGAUUUUGUGAUUUGGGUUGUGGUGUCUAAAGUGUUACAAGUAGAAACGAUUCAAAGUGAAAUCGCUCGGAAAGUCGGUCUUGGUGGGGAGGAAUGGAAACAAAAAGAGAAAAGCCAAAAAACUGAUGUUAUAUACAACUUCUUAAGGAAGAAGAGAUUCAUGUUGUUUUUAGAUGACAUAUGGGAGAAGGUGGAUUUAGUUGAGAUUGGAAUCCCGUUUCCAACAACACAAAACCGAUGUAAAGUUGCAUUCACUACCCGUUCCAAGGCUGUUUGUACACACAUGGGCGUCGAAGAACCAAUGGAGGUCAAAUGUUUGUCGGAAAAGGACGCAUUUGAUUUGUUCCAAAAGAAGGUUGGACAAAUCACACUAAGGAGCGAUCCAGGGAUCCUCGAACUUGCAAGAAAAGUUUCAAAAAAAUGUUGUGGCCUGCCAUUGGCACUUAAUGUUGUAGGCGAGGCCAUGUCAUGCAAGAGAACAGUACAAGAAUGGUGUCAUAGUAUAAAUGUUUUGACUUCAUAUACUGUAGAGUUUUCCAGCAUGAAAGAUAAGGUACUUCCACUUUUGAAGUAUAGCUAUGAUAAUCUUGAGGUGGAGCAGGCCAAAAUGUGUUUACUGUAUUGCGCCUUAUUUCCCGAAGAUGAUAGAAUUCCUACAGAGAAAUUGAUAAGCUUAUGGAUAUGCGAAGGGAUUAUAGAUGGAAGUGAAGGUAUAGAAAGAGCUGAGAACAAGGGUUAUGAGAUAAUUGGUAGUCUUAUUCGUGCAUCUUUGUUAACGGAGGUCAAAUGGUAUGGAACACAUAAUAUAUGUAUGCAUGAUGUAGUUGGUGAGAUGGCUUUAUGGAUUGCAUCUGAUUUGGGAACACAAAAAAAUGCUUUCAUUGUGCGGGCAGGUGCUGGGUUAAAUGCAAUGCCAAAGGUCGAGAAUUGGAAUAUUGUAAGAAGAAUGUCACUGAUCAAGAACAAGACUCACCAUCUCGCUGGCAGUCCUGAAUGUCUCAAGCUCACAACUUUACUCCUACAAAAAGCUAAUGUGGCAAAUAUCUCGAGUGAAUUCUUCAAGUCCAUGCCAAGACUAGCUGUUUUGGAUCUAUCAUAUAAUGCAAAUCUGUUUGAACUGCCAGACGGAAUAUCAGAACUAGUUUCCUUGCAAUAUUUAAACUUGUCGUAUACAAGUAUACGUCAGUUGCCCAGAGGUGUGCAAGAGUUGAAAAAGUUAAUUCACUUGGAUUUGGAGGAGACAGAUAACCUUUCAAGUAUUGAUGGGAUAUUAUCAAGUCUGCAUAGCUUGAAAAUAUUGAAUUUAUCUCGUGCUGGAUUUUCAUUGGAUUGCAACGUACUGGAGGAGCUGCAAACUUUGGAAGAUUUAGAAGUUUUAACCAUAGAUAUCAAUCUCCUACAAUGUCUGGAACAAUUUUUGAGCUCUAGUAGAUUGACGUGUGCAACAAGAAAUCUAACGAUCAGGGGUAUGCGUCUCGAAUCAUCUGGAAUCUCACUUCCAAUAUCUAUGGACAAUCUACGUGAAUUAAACAUUGUGUGGUGCAGUAUCUCUGAGAUAAAGAUGGGAACGAUAUGCAUCAAAAGCAAGACAAUUUCUCCUCUGCACAUUCCGAAGACCACAUGCUUCUUGAGCCUCUCUAAGGUGAUUAUAAUGGAUUGCAAAUGCCUGAAGGAGUUGACGUUAUUGAUGUUCGCUCCAAAUCUUAGAAUUCUCUCUGUUCAAAUUGCAAACCAGUUAGAAGAUAUAAUAAACAAAGAUAAAGGUGGCCAAGGCGAAAAAUCAGGGAUUGUUCCAUUUCGAAGGCUGGAAUUUCUUACGCUGGCUCAACUACCAAAGCUGAAGAAUAUCUACUGGAGUCCUCUACCCUUUCCAUAUCUUAAGAGAAUCGAUGUAAUUUCAUGUCCUAAUCUGAAACAGCUUCCACUCAAUUCCCAAAGUGGCAAGUAUGGUGAAGAUGGACUAAUCAUAAGAUACACAGUGAAAGAAUGGAUUGAAACUGUGGAAUGGGAAGACGACGCUACAAAAACUCGCUUCUUCCGUGCCAACCUUGGCGGAUUUGAUCAAGACAUGUCUCACACGAACUAG